GGCAGUCGUAUGGAUCUCGAUCGGUCAACAAUUUUCACAGUGCUUUGAACGGCACUUUGAUCUCGACGAAAACAUCGGCUGUGCGCUGCCGAUGCCUGUUUGAUCUGGCAAUUAUCAGUUGCAAAACCAAAUGUUGCUUCUUCCACCCAAUUUUCUCAAACAGGAAGACAAGGCUGUUGAGUUCUUGAGCGGCAUUUUCCAGUUUUUGGGAGGUGCUGUUGUGCUCAUUGGUGGUUUUGCAGCGUCCUCUCUUGCGUACCACCCUUCCAGACAUGCAUCCAUCUCAUGGCUCAUACCAGUGUAUGUGGCUCCCAUGAUUGGUGCAUAUAUACUCACCACGGCCUAUAUCUUCCGGACAGUAGUCGCAGCUAACAGAGACUUUGCCGAAAGGCUCUUCGAGUGGGAAACAGCCGGGCCAACGAGAGACUCCAAGCCACGGCUUAGAUGGUUUGCUUUCCAGCCCAGGAACAUCCUGUGGUGGGGUGGUAUGAUUUUGUCUCUGGGAGGUGUCAUGUUUGACUUUGCGACGACUGCGCGGCUCGCUGGCCAAUUUUGGACCGUGCACUACACCGCCAUGCAGUCGGGGAGCACUAUGUACUUUGGGGCUGCCUUUCUCCCCAUCAUGUAUGCGAACCUGCUGCCGCGCAGCUUCCGUCUGUGCCAAGCCAUCGGCUAUGGUGUGGGGUCUCUGAUGCUGAUGGCGGGCGGCGUUCUGAUGAUCGUGAAGAUGGCAACAAGGGAGGAUGACUCCGAGGUUGCGCUGCACCAGAAAGUGGAGCAUGAUGACAUGGAGGCAAUAAACAGCAAGCUGCUGGCCAUGGCUGAGGUCCUGGGGCACAGCCGUGACAAGCUGUCUUAUCAGCAACAGCCUCAGAGCGCUGGUGUUUCACCGGCGCCCAAGCUGAGCCCAGGAGUGAACCGAUGACCAGUGAGUGGUGGCUCUGUAGCUGCUGGGUUUGAAGCAUCGAUGCACAGCAUUGUUUGUACACUACAUUCAAAUGUGCGAGGGUGGACGGGGCAAGAGGGUUGUGGGAGAACUCAGAACUGUCAUCUGUCUUGUUGCACUGGUAUUUGUUUGACGUCGAGAAGUUCAGAACGCUUGCGCUCAGUAUCUUGAGGUGUUACAGGUAGCCACUGCCAGUGGUGGCUUCAAGCUGACAAACUCCAGCAGUGCUGGAAAGCUUGGAAAGUGUACAGCAUUAUCAAAGUAAUCAAUAACCAUUGUACGCUCCAGUGUGGGGCAAGCGCAUCCAUCAAAGUCCCAGAGCCUCAAGGCCGUGUUCCCAAGUCUGAUUGGUCAGAAAUCAUUGUAAUGUACACUUGAUGUUGUC